GGCAAACUUCCGGUUGCUUGCGUCUGAAGGCGUGGUGAUUACAAAGGGCCCACUCCUCCCGAGCCAGAGUUUUGAAACCCAGUUCAACUCAUUGAAACCCUUUCCCCUUCCCAGUCAGGCGCGGCCUUUCCGAAAUUUUUUGCCUCAGACUCGCUACAUGCCCACGCCACACAAGAGUUCUCGCACGGCUGAGGAGUAUUACAGAGCGCAUUCUGUAUACUCCUUGCGUCAGGACCUCUUAGUUCAUCAACUUGGGAAUCGUCAACCUCGCCUUGCAAUUCCUAUUGGCUAAGCGCACACCAACUUGGUCGUCGCGCCAUUUCUAGAGGACAACACCACCCUCAAGACAAAGCCAAGCAAGGAUUCAGCAGGCUUGCUCAAUAGCAGCCAUGCUUCCCCCGAUUCCCGUCUUGGCCGACUAUGGGAUCUCGCCAACCCACGGCUUCCUCCCUGACGUUCUGCCGUUGACGAGACUCCCGGAUCCCUACUAUAACAAGUGGGAGGCCAUCGUCGCCAACCUUCAGGGCCUGAUUCUCAGCAAGCGGUUGCGCGGUGUCAUCGACCGCCUUCCCGUGCUCUCGACCAUCGGUCUGGAACACGAAGCAGAAUGGCGCAGAGCUUACUCGAUUCUGUGCUUCAUGGCCCACGGCUACAUCUGGGGUGGUGAUAGCCCCAGUGACCGCCUACCUCCUUCCAUCUCGAUUCCGCUGCUGGAGAUAUCGGCCCAUCUCGAGGUGCCACCCGUCGCCACCUAUGCCGCGGUGUGUCUGUGGAACUUCAAGCCGCUGUUCAUGGACGAGGGCAUCGAUAAUCUCGAGAACCUCGCCACUCUCACCACUCUUACCGGUUCCCUGGACGAGUCAUGGUUCUAUCUGGUCUCAGUAGCCAUGGAAGCCCGGGGAGCCCCCAUCAUCCCACUGAUGCUGACCGCCAUUGCCGCCGCCCGGGAAGACGAUGCGACGACGGUGACCAGCUGCCUCAACACCUUUGCCGAGCGCCUGGACGACCUUACCGCGUUGCUCCAGCGCAUGCACGAGAACUGCGACCCGCAUAUCUUUUACCACCGGAUUCGGCCCUUCCUCGCCGGCAGCAAGAACAUGGCCGAGGCCGGCCUUCCCCACGGCGUCAUCUACGAGGAUGGCUCCGGCAAAGAGACUUACCGCCAGUACGCCGGCGGCAGCAACGCUCAGAGCAGCCUCAUCCAAUUCUUCGAUAUAGUCCUGGGCGUCGACCACCGCCCGACGGGCGAGAAGAAGUCUCGUUCAGUAACCCAGGAUACCGCGGAGCGAGAGGGCCGAGCCCCGCCGCCCAAGCACAACUUCAUCAUGGAGAUGCGGAAGUACAUGCCGGGUCCGCAUGCGCGCUUUCUCGGGGACGUGCAGGCUGUCGCCAACCUGCGCGACUAUGUUGAGAGCCACGCGGAUAACCGGCCUCUGUGCGUUGCCUACGAUGCAUGCCUGUCUAUGCUGCGGAACCUGCGCGACAAGCACAUCGCCAUCGUCACCCGCUACAUCGUGGUACCCUCCCGUGAGGUUCGCGCCCGGAGCCGCAGCCCCGAGGCCACGCGCCGCAAGAUCAACCUGGCCACCGCUUCCCGCCAGCGCCCGGGCCCGCAGGGCAUCGCGUAUCGUCCGGAGGAGCCGAACGAUGCCGACGGCAAGAAGGGGGCGAGCCUCAAGGGCACCGGCGGCACCGCGCUCAUCUCCUUUUUGAAGCAGGCGCGCGAUGAGACGGGCGAACCGGCUAUUGAAGAGUGGACGAAGCGGUUCAUGAGUCGCCAGCUUAGGACCGAGGGCCAGGGUGACUUCUUCGCCGGUAAGCCCGACGAGGGAGCCGGCUUGCAGGUCAGCGCGGCGGCGGGCGGGGCCGAAGAGGUGACAAUGCACGGACUCGCUGGCUCUUGGACCAUGGAUGAGGAUGUGGGCGGAAUCUGUAACUACUAAAGCUUAAUGGGCGGGUUGAGCCGGCGUCUGGAGUGCUCUAAGAGAGAACAAAAGAUAGAGCGAUUUGUUUUUCGCCGAGCGUCUGCAUGCCUAUCUGGUUGACAGUGGUGUUAUGGCGUUUGUUCAGGCCAAAUCUGAGAAGUCGCGUCAGAGAGCUGCACACACAACAGGACAUGUUACCGUUAGUGGCUGUAGGAGUAUCGAAGAGGGGCUGAGCUGAGAACCGCAAAUGGACCGUUAAUUAGGUAGUAAGAAAUCAUGCUGUGUGUUUUUCCCGAUCUAAGUUCUAUGCACAACUAGCGAUCAGAGAGACCU